AGAGAGUGUGUGAGUGUGAGUGUGAGUGUGUGUGUAUGUGUAUAUGCGCAUGCUGAUGUGAUGUGAGGACUUUGUGAAGAUCCGACUGUCAUGCAGCGGUGUAAAGCUUUGGGUGUGUGAGAGCAGUGCGCAAUAGCAACCAUAGCCAGUCUUAUAGUAAGUCACCGAGCAUGACGCGCCGGAGCGCCUUUACGCAGGCAGGAUGUCCACAGUUCGCGAAUAAUUACACCAACCAGCAAUAUUUCGGAGAGCAAAUAACUAUGUUUUAGUGCUUUCCUGUUGUCAUAUUUUGGAUACAAACACAGGCCUGCAAAGUGGAAGUGGGUUGAGAGAAGAGAAGCCACGUUCUUCAGAGAAGCAGCGAUGGAGGAAGAGCGGGACUUGAACAGCACGGAUAGCAGCGAGGGAGAGAGCGUCUCCCCCUCUCCCAGUUUGCCCUCGCCGCCCCUACUGCCUCUGCAGGUCGCCCAGCAGGCCCACAGAACCACCAACUUUUUCAUCGACAACAUUUUGCGGCCGGACUUCGGCUGCAAGAAGGAGCACGGCCUGGGCCCGCGGGAGAGGGCGCAGACCUCCGGCCGGGAACGCGUCCACCCAGUAGUCAGCAGGCCGAGCCUUCCCGGGACGCCGUGCCAGGACUCCAAUUGCAGCAGUGACAGCUCGUCGUCGUCGUCCUCCGCCUCCUCUACCUCUUUGGCGAGUCCCCAAAAGAGUAACGGCAGCGGCGGAGGAAUCGCAGCCGCCUCCACCGGGAGCAGCGGCAUGAAAGCCGAGGAAAGAACUGGCGGCGGGGCCGGGGAAAACACGUCCUCCUCGCUGGUGGUGCUGAACGGCACCGGGGCGGCAACGCCGGAGAGCCAGCCGUUGCUCUGGCCUGCCUGGGUCUACUGCACCCGGUACUCGGACAGGCCCUCAUCUGCAGGCCCAAGGACACGGAAACUGAAAAAGUCGAAAAGCGGCAAAGAGGACAAGCGGCCGCGCACGGCCUUCACGGCCGAGCAGCUGCAGAGACUGAAGACGGAGUUCCAGGUGAACCGCUACAUCACGGAGCAGCGGCGGCAGUCCCUGGCUCAGGAGCUCAACCUCAACGAGUCCCAGAUCAAGAUCUGGUUCCAGAACAAGCGGGCUAAGAUCAAAAAGGCCAGCGGCUUCAAGAACGGGCUGGCGCUGCAGCUGAUGGCGCAGGGACUGUACAACCAUUCCACCACCACCAUCCAGGAGGACAAGGAGGACAGCGACUGAAGGAGCGCGCGCGCGCGCACACACACACACACACUCUGUACAUUGUAAAUAUAUAUAAUCUCUAAUUUAACGACGAGGAUGGGGACGUAUAGGAGCUUCUUUUGUCAGCAGUUCUCCUCCUCUUCAUCUCCGUCUCCUCCUCUUCGAUAGUGACCAUACAGCGGGACGGCCUGCAGACUCUUAUCGGACUGACCCGCAACUGCAAAAACCAAAGAUUUUAUUGGAAAACAGAGCCUGGACACUUUUAAAAACAAUAAAGAGAAAAACACGUUUACCGUAUUUGUGUGUCCCCUGAGCUGAGAGUGAAAUGGACCUCCUCCUCCUCCUCCUCCUCCUCCGCCACCCGCAGCCGUAAUAUAAGACCACAAUGCAGCGGGGGAAGUUUCCCUUCAGCUUCUGCAGCUCCGGUUCCGGACGGUCCCGAUGAACUGAACCCACCGGCCCCCCAGCAGCCACGGACACCACUUAAACACCGCGAGGACAGCCAUCGGAUUCAUUCGACUUGUGUUCUUAUUGUUUUUCUAGACCAACUGACUUCUAAGAACUGUAAUAAUACAGUCAUUUUACACACACGCACACAGUGCCAAAAAGAAAGAAUAUAGUGAUGACGGGGGGGGGGUGAACAGCCUAUGUGUAAAGUCACUUCUGAGCACGAGAACACACGGUUAAUGCCUCCGGGAUUAUUACAGGAAUAUUAUACAAAUACUAUCAUGUCGGGGCCUUGGCGUUGUGAACACUGAGGUUAUUAUGUUUAUUACUGAGUUUUUUAUUUUUUUUUUAUUUUUUUUAAUUGGGGAUUUCAACAACGGAAGUUUAUGUUCUAAAAUAAAUUAAAAACAAAAAAAUUAGGCUAUAUGCAAUCUGAAUUGUUGAUGCUGAUUCCAGAUUUGUUUUUAAUGCAAAAUAUUUCCAUUUGGCAAUUUUCAUAUUUCUUUACAUUAAAUAAAUAAAGGAGUCUGCAUGAAACCAAAGAUUUCGACCAUAUAGAAAAUAUAAAUAUGAGUAAUUACCAGGGCGAAUAAAACGUGAAAAAUCUAAAUAUUUAGAAAAUAAUGUGUAACAAUGCAGGAUUUGGAACCAUGGCCUCAUCAUCUCUAAAACCCUGCGUAGCCUACAGCAUACAUCUAUAUAGCUUAUAGCCUAUAAUAACACGGUGCUGUGUAAAACAUACACAUAGCCAUAGGUAGGCUAUAGUCGAAAUCCACCAAAAGAAGCGCUUCAAUUCUUCCCACUUCUAAGAGAAAUCUGUCAUAUUCCUAUACAUUCCUGUUUGUGUGCUACUAACAGCUCGUGAUUGGAUUCUUUAUAAGCCCUAAUGGCAUAAUUCAUCAUGUCCUUCUGAUGCUUCUGUUUGGACCCAGAGUGUGUGUUGUAGGUACUGCUACUUUAAGGGAAUCUUCUAGCAUAUUGCGAGAUUGUUCACUGUGGUGUUUGUAUACUAUCCCUCUCAAAGUGACCAUAUGAUUACUGCAGCUCUUAACAGAUUGGGGGGGGGGGGGAUACGAGGCUCGUGCUGUAACCUCUGUGCAUCGACUCCUCGUGGUGUUGCCUUUUGAUUUCGCCAGGUAAAGCUGCAGAGGCCCCGCUGCCCUGCAGACGCAGCGAGCAGCAUCACUCUAUCUGAGAUAUGUUAGCGAGA